AUGUAUCCAUCAAGAGCGGCCACAUCAGCGAUCGAUGGGUGCGACGGGGGCCCUCCCUCUCGCCUGGUCCCGAGCACAGCCGUUCUCUCUUUCCCUCCGCGUGGGAAGGGCUCCUGUCCCAGGGAGACACAGGACAUUAUGGGAGAGGGAGCGACACAACAGAGGAGACAAAGCGUCCUGGACCGGGAGGCAGGAGAAGUGGGACAGAGCAGGGAGAGCUGGAGGAGAAUUGUGGGUGUCAGGAACAUGAAGGCAAAGACAGGACGUCCACAGAAAAGCCCAAUGCUCUUCAACAUGGAGCAGAUAGUUUCGGGAAUAAAAGAUGAGAGCCCUCACCCCUCCACUGAACUUCAGGCUACUUUAACAAUUUAA